AAAGGUCUAUAAAAGGGAUGAGUUUGGCGUUUAUUGGAGCUCGCAACGAAUCUGAUGCUCUAGUGGUUUUCGUUUUUGUAAAAUGAGAGAUUCCACGCCAAGGACUAUCAUAUUGGGAGCCCUGAUCCUACUGAGUGUUCAGGUUCUUGGAGACAAAAUAGAUGAAAUUUGCGCUAAAUGGUCGAGAAAUGAUGGAAAUUCAGACAGCCCCAACGAUGAUAUCUUCCAAGUUGGAGAUGAAAGUUAUGACGCUUGUUUGCUUGGAUGGGCAUCAGCUGCUGAUCAUCCAGAUACAAUUACGCGGUAUAUUCCUGACGGAAUAACCUGCUACGGUUACUAUGUCUGUGAAAGUGAGAGUGCUAUCGGGAUUUGGAACAAAUGUGGCAUGGGAACUCACUUUAAUCCGUUGUGGGGCAAGUGCGCUUCCCCGGGUUUAUACAGAUGUCCCCAUAACCGCUGCAGCAAUGUGUAUGCAUCCAACAUGGCAGUCUUAGAUUCCGGCUGCAAAGAGUACUACGAAUGCUCUAGUGGUAGAAAAGGCUCCUGUCCUGUGAGUAGGCCCUAUUUUGAAGAGAUGAACCAAGAAUGCUCUGAUGUUAAGCCCACAUACUCCAUAUGCCAUUGAAGUCCAUGUGUAUAUGUCUUUCAAGACACACAAUCAUGAGUCAAAUUCAACAAUAUUAUCUUCCGAAGAAGUAA